AUGACAGCCGACAGCACCUUGCUUUGCUCCUCCAGCCUCAUGGACAGCUCCGUCACGCGCUUGUCGAUCGUGGUUCCACCGCUGUCGCUCGCUGGGGUAUCGCCAGGCACCAACUUGCACGCGCAGACGACGGACGAGUUCAAGGAGUAUCUUGCGAAGGAGUGCAACACUCUCGCCUGGUAUGGCCCUUCGGAGUGCACGGAGGAGAUGGACAUGCGGCUCGAGCAGUCGGACAACCUCGAGAGGUGGGAAACCGCGGCGCUGACAGCUUCUGAUGGACGGGUACUGAUCACUCAGUGGAUUGGAGCGGCCAUGGCAAGACUCAACAGCCAACAGGCGUUCCGAUUCCGCCUUUUCGAAAAGUGCGGGAUGGUCACGACUGUGGACGGCUCAGGCAAUGAUCGGAUCACCUUGGAGGGUUUGGACAAGUCGUACACCUUCGCAAACGAUAAAAACUGUAGCGAGGACGAAGAAGGUUUGGAGAACGGCAGCGACGAGCCUGAGGGGCAGGGGAAGGAGGGCGAUGGACGUGAGACGGUCGUGGAGGGCGCUGAUUCCAGCGAUGAUGAACACGACUGCGGCACGUCUCAAACCCAGACCGAUGAGCUAGCUCUUCUCGACGACGACGACAGCAUGGACCCACAAGACCCGGAGCACGAGACACAAGGAAUGGAGAUCCCGACAGGCUUUCGCAUUCAAGAAGUUAAACCCGUUGCUCUUGACAAAUUGCUUUUGCGACGUGGAGUGCUCGUUAGGCUGGGGAUGGGGUGGUUUGAAGGGUUGAUCAUUCAGCAAUCUCAGCAGGACACUCGCCACCUGUCCACCUGCACGACUACUGGAGCUAGACCAGAGUACGCGCAAGAUGAAGCUGCCCUUAGACAACCGCCAACAAAGUGGUUUCUAUGGGUGGCAGCUUUCUGCGUGUUGGUGGCGAUCUGCGGGCUGUGCUCCUGCUACAUGGUGACCCCGCUUGUUCGGAGUUGUCGGGAGCUUCUCGGCGUGGAACACGGGCGGCAACCAAAGGGCGUUGUCGUACGGCAGGACCAGCACGUGCACCAGCAGAAGCACCACCAGCAGCGGCAGGAGCAGCAGGAACGACAGGAUCGUGGUCGACCGCGAGAAACAGGAGAGAGAGAAAAAUGUGAUGCCCGGGACAGCAAGUCACACCGCCAACGCCAUCACCACUGGUACCUCGACGACCUCCUCAAGAUAACUCCCGAAGAUGAGGUUGAGUUCGGGGUACGCCAUUCACCCGCGUACACCGUGACGCCGACGCCACGGGCGUCCAGAACAGCUUCGGGCUUGGCACCGCAGUCAAGGCGACACAAUAAUCACCCCCAGCAUCGCCCUCGAGAGCGACGAGCGUCGUUCCCCAUGUCGUCCAUGUCAAGCCGCGGCGAGCCUUGCAGCAGGUCGGUGCUGCCGGCCCCCGUGCGCAGAAAGAGCAGCGACAACUACUACGACGACUACCACGCUCAUAACAGGAGCCACAGCGUCAGCUCAGAGACGAGAAGGGCGGUGGCUGUCGUGGACGACCCGGGGAUCGGAGCCGAAGCCACGUUAAGAGGAGGCGGUUGGAUGGGUGCGGCAAACGGCCGCUUGUAAUAUCCGUCGUUUCGCGAUCGGGUCCUUGUCUGUCUGUAGAUAAACUCUUUGAUGCUGGUUGUUGUUGUGGUCUUGCCCGUCGUGACGAAGGAAGGGCCGUCCCUCCCGAUUUUCUGUUCGUUUUCUUCGGCCUAUUGCCCGUUUGUAUUUUACCAUUGUAGUAUGCGUUCGAUUUGUUGUUCGUUCACGGAACGAACACGUGAGUGGUAGAUCCUCUUUUUCUGGAACGCCUAGUCUCUCUUUUGUAUGCUGUGUGCUGUUUGCUCGUCGCGCAUCGGAUCCGGGAGGUGCUCUGUUUGACGACGGUGCAUGCAAGUAUGAUAGAGCUUGCGCAUUCAUACGAGCAUCCGACGAGCGCGCUCGUGGAGGGCACGGGUAGGGACGUAGAACUAACGCGACCGACGGGUCUACGCUACCCGGCUAGGAAAGGGGGCACUGGAGCAGUCCAACUGGCUGUGACCCGUCUCCAUCCACGAUAUGACCACAUCGGUAUCGAAAUAGCGUUUCGCGCUCAGUCGAGAGUGACGAAUGGACCCCACCGCCGUUUCAGAAACACGAAAAUGCCAUACGCUUGAGAUUAGUUGUUCCAUUCUCACUAAGUAUGGUAUGGCUUAUGGUAUGGCUUCUCCCUUCUUCCCCUCGCU